AAUGUCAUUUUUGAAAGCUUAGAUUCUGUACCUAUUUAGCUUAGGUUUUUAUAUAAAAAGAAAGACGGCUUAUAUAGUCGCUACCGGAACCACUGCAUUUAUAGAUUAAUUGCAAAAUUUAAAUCAAUUAUAAUGAGUCAGUAGCGCGACUUUGAACCCUUACGCAAUUAAUUAUUAAGUCAUCGUGAUUAGAUUUUUUUGAGAAGAAACCGAAAGAUUGGUGCAAAAAAUAUGUAAACAUUUGCGAUUAUUACGAUCAUGACUAUAGAAAUGAGUAUUGCUUGCCUCAGAAACGUUUGAUUGACUCACGCGUGUUUGCUUCCUAUUUCUGCUGUUAAUUAUUCCAUUUCAACAUUGAGUGUUUUGCGUUGACACACAAUGGACGUGUUUUGUGGCAAAAUUAUGGAUAAAGUUAAGUUAGUUUGGUCCAAAACGAACCGGUGGCACAGAGCAUUCCUGCUAUUGUUUCUGGUGGAGCUGAGGAUAUUCCCAAGUGGUCAAAUCGGCUUCACAUGCAAUGAUCCAGCACUAUCACACCCAUUUACAGGUGAUACUGUCAGUUGGAAACUACUUCUAGCCACAUGCAUACUGCUGCCACUGGUGAUCAUAUUAAUAGUAGAACGAAAGUACCAUGCAGACAAGUCGGUGAAUCCAAAACAGUUGGCGCUGUUCUGGUACAGGGAGCAUCUAUUUGGAGUCCUCGUCAACUUAGUGACAGUGCAAGUCUUGAAAUCCAUCGUGGGAUCACCACGUCCGCAUUUCUUUGACACCUGCAGCCCCAAGGAGGCUUUGACGUGUCAAGAUUCUGAAUACGUUGAUUCUUACACGUGUACGAAGGCGCACUGGCUCAGCCAAUCAGAUCGAAGCUUUCCAUCCGGACACACGUCAUUGGCUAUACACACUGGGUUCUUAUUGGCUUAUUACCUGCAAAGGAGAAUAAGUCCUCGGUCCAGCGGCGUGGUGUCAGCGCAGGUGGUGUUAUUGCUGACGGCUGUGUACUGCGGCGUGUCGAGGAUCACGGACCACCGACACCACUGGUGGGACGUGGUCGCUGGGGUGGUGUUGGCCGCUCCCAUACUGGUCUACACUGUGCUGUAUUCGUGCAGUAACUUCGAGUGUCCUGCUGCGAAUGUCGAUAAAGAACAGUCGGACGGCCUAAUUCUCAAUAACACAGAAACUGUUGAAGCCAGAACUACUUAAAUAUAGUAUUUUUAUAAACGUACUUCAAAGCAAAAAGAUAAUUUAUAUUAUAAGUGAUAUAAUCGAUUUUAUCGUCAAUUGAAAUAUCGAUAUGUAAUUUAAUUCGAUACGUCUCUAAUGUAGUACUCAGAAGCAAAUAUUAAUUCUUAUUAUAUUAGUAUCCUAACUUCUUGCUUAUAAUUUAUUGCCGAAAGAAGAAUCUAUAUCUAUAUUAUCGAAACAUUUAUUUACAAAUAUUAAAAUUCAAUUAUUAAAGUUCUGUACUUAACACAUUCAACUCGUUUAACUAUCGAAUGCGAUUUUUAUCGAUAUUUCAAGCAUCGACUGCAUACGUCACUAGUCUGUGAUCAAACUUGGGUGAUGGAGGCAAUAUCUAUUUAUUUACAUGGUCGAACACUUAUCAAUGCUGGUCAUUGUAAUGGUGGCAUUAUACUUAGCGUAUAUGUCAAGAUGUUUGAGAAUUUAAGCAAAGCAGUAUCGACUUUAUGUACUUUAUGUACAAAGUUGAUGUUGGAUUGGCCAAUCGCAAAUAUUCGCCCAAAUAUACAGUGUGAUGCCAUCAUAUUGCAAUGGUUGAAAGGCUAAUUGAUCUUACCAUAUUAUUGCGAUUUAAUUUAAACAUAUAUUUGGAAUGAGUGUAUUUUUUUGCUUUUGAGUCUAGUUUCAAUUUAUCGAACAAAAGGUCGAUCAAUUAGUUUUACAAUUGUUAACUAAUUUAAUAUUUAUUUAGUUAAAUUUAUUUAUUCGCCUAGUUGUAGUACUACGUUACUAGUCCAUUCCAUUUUAUCGAUAAGCCAAUGUCUAGUAAAUAUAAAGGAAUUUAAUUCCACUUUGUGUCGUCUUGAGGGCUUGAUCUUUUUUGGAUUCUGAGUUCGAUUCGCAGGUCGAUAAAUCUGUUUUUAAGGUUUAUUUAGAUAAUAUUAUUUGCCCGAAAUUUUAAUAAGAACCCUCUUACUCCAUAGGGACCCUAGCCUAUUAUGGGGUGGAAAAAAGCUCUUCGUUUGAAUUAGAAAUCCAUUACUCCAUAGGGGACAACCCUAGUAUAUUAUGGGGUGGAAGCAAGCUCUGCGUACUGUUUAGGGCAUGAAAGAUGGGGUAUUUUACCGGCAUUCAUGAUUAAAAAGAAUAUAAGUAUUUUUUGUAUAUGGUCACAACAAAGUGACCCCUUUGCACCUGAUAGAAUGUCGUACUGACGAGAGAUGAUUACCCCUUAGCAGUUGACACAAUUAUGACGGCCUGUUGGAACCGAAUAUACACAGGCUGAUCCCGGAAUGCGACACACUUACGUGGGCCACUAUGGCGGGUUUUAACACCUUGUGUACGGUGGUCGCUAUCCGCAAUAAUAAUAUCUAUAAGUAAGUGAGAUUAUUGAAACGUCAUUAUGACCUAAAAAUCAUAUUUUUGUAAUAUUUUAUUAAUAAAAAACUAGUUUUUGUAUCCACAGCGUUGAUGUCAAUUGAUCAUGUUUGAUGUAUCGCAAAAUAGAAAAUUAGAUUAUUGGCUAAUACGAAUAACCUAUUAUAACCGAUACUGUUUUCACACUUGACGAAAAGUGGGUGCCCUGGUGGCGCCUCUGCAUACCCCUUCGGGGAUAAAUGCGUAAGUGUUCUGUCGGUUUCAUAACAAGAAUUUAGUAUGUCAUACCGUAGACUUAAUUUUUUGCAACGAAAUCUCUUUAAGAUCCCUCGUUAGGCCGAGGAGUUGAGGUGGCUAUGUCGGGGUUUCGGGCCUGUAAUGCAUGCCAAUAAUAAUAUAUCAGCCCUGUAUUAUAUUCUGUCCCAUUGUUGGGCACGGGCCUCCUCUACUACUGAGAGGGAUUAGGCUUUAGUCCACCACGCUGGCCUAGUGCGGAUUGGUAGAC